CCGGAAGUUGGAGAACGCUGCCGGCAGCAGUAAGCCCUUUCCUGAUUGGAAGAUGUCACUGAAGCGCCCAGCCAGCUGGAGAGCAAUAGGCAAAGAUGGCGACGACAAGCGGGAUGUUUUCUGAUUUGAAGGAAAUCAAGAAGCAGCUGCUAAGCGUAACCUGGUUGUGUCGGGAGAGAGGUCUGACGCAUAGUGUCAAAUGGGCAUCAGAACUUGCUUUCUCUCUGGAAUCUAUUCCUCUGAAUGAGCUUCCCUCAACCGCAGCACUUACAGAGGAGGAUGCCCAGGACCUGGAUGCAUAUACACUGGCUAAGUCUUACUUUGACCUAAAAGAAUAUGAUCGAGCUGCAUAUUUUCUUCGGGGGUGUAAAAGCCAAAAAGCCUAUUUCUUGUACAUGUACUCCAGGUAUUUGUCUGGAGAAAAGAAGAAGGACGAUGAAACAGUUGAUAGCCUUGGUCCCCUUGAAAAGGGGCAGGUAAAGAAUGAAGCACUGCGGGAACUACGUGUGGAGCUGAGUAAGAAGCAUAAAGCCAGGGAAUUAGAUGGAUUUGGACUUUACUUGUAUGGAGUGGUCUUGAGGAAGCUGGAUCUGGCAAAAGAAGCUUUAGAUGUAUUUGUGGAGGCAACACAUGUCUUGCCUUUGCAUUGGGGAACCUGGCUGGAAUUAUGCAAUUUGAUUACCGACAAAGAGAUGCUAAAGUUCCUGUCCCUGCCAGACUCAUGGAUAAAGGAAUUCUUCUUGGCACACAUAUACACAGAGUUACAGUUAAUCGAGGAGGCAUUGCAGAAAUACCAAAGUCUUAUUGAUGCUGGCUUCUCUAAGAGUACUUACAUUAUUUCUCAAAUUGCUGUUGCCUAUCAUAACAUCCGAGAUAUUGACAAAGCUCUGUCUAUAUUCAAUGAGCUGCGGAAACAGGAUCCCUACAGAAUAGAAAAUAUGGACACCUUUUCCAACCUGCUGUAUGUCAGGGGUCUUAAACCAGAACUAAGCUAUCUGGCUCACAAUCUCUGUGACAUUGACAAGUACCGAGUUGAAACGUGUUGUGUAAUUGGCAAUUAUUACAGCCUUCGCUCCCAACAUGAAAAAGCAGCCUUGUACUUCCAAAGGGCAUUAAAACUCAACCCUCGAUAUCUUGGUGCGUGGACCCUCAUGGGACAUGAAUACAUGGAAAUGAAGAAUACCUCUGCAGCAAUACAGGCUUACAGGCAUGCAAUUGAAGUGAACAAGAGAGAUUAUCGUGCUUGGUAUGGAUUAGGACAAACCUAUGAAAUUUUAAAGAUGCCGUUUUACUGCCUUUAUUAUUAUAGACGGGCCCAUCAGCUCAGACCCAACGACUCUAGAAUGCUUGUUGCUUUGGGGGAAUGUUAUGAAAAGCUUAAUCAACUUGUGGAGGCUAAAAAAUGUUACUGGAGAGCUUAUGCUGUGGGUGAUGUGGAGAAAAUGGCUCUGGUCAAGCUGGCAAAGCUUCAUGAACAACUGAACGAAUCGGAACAGGCUGCCCAGUGUUACAUCAAAUACAUACAGGACAUCUACUCCUGUGGGGAAAUUGUGGAGCACCAGGAGGUCAGCACAGCCUUUCGCUAUCUGGCUCAGUAUUACUUUAAGUGCAAGCUGUGGGAUGAGGCAUCUGCAUGUGCCCAGAAAUGUUUCAAUUUUAAUGAUACCAGGGAAGAAGGCAAAGCUCUUCUACGUCAGAUUCUACAGUGUAGGAACCAGAAUGAAAGUCCAUCAGCUGAUCUCCCAGCCACUGCUGCUUUCUUCCUUCCACAAUCACUUUCCGCCAACAACACCCCUACAAGACGAGUGUCUCCACUUAACCUUUCAUCGGUCACACCAUAGUAUAGUGCCGGCUGCAGCAGAAUUUGAACUUUGAUAUAUAGGGGUUAUUUAUCAAAAUCCGAGUUUAUCAAAUUAUUUUCUUUAAUAUACUCCGCCCAAAUCUGCACGGGUUGUUUCCCUUUAUUUAUCUGAAAAUUUUCUGUGCGAGAAAAAACUUCGUACGAAUAUAUUUCAGGGUUUUUUUUUUUUCCAGAUUUUUCACCCGAAAACCACAAUCUUCGGAUUAUUGCACGAAAUACAGCGCAGAUCAGGAUAUCUUCGCGACUACUCCAAUUGACUUAUAUACAGCCAUGACAGGUCUGAGAUGUGGAUUUUUGGUUUUUGAUUUUUUCCAUCCUCUGGGUAUACUAAAUCCCGGAAAAAAAUUGACGGAAAAAUUUGAAUUUUAUAGUAAAAAAAACCCCCUCAAUUUUUCGAGUUUUUGGCAUUCGGACUUUAAUAAAUAACCUCCAUAGUGUCUGUGUUGAGAACAGAAAUUGGACUAUUGCUUCAGCUGAAGCACAAACUGCCUCUUCAUAAGGAGCUUGUCUAUAAUGAAUAAAAUCCUGCUACAGAACAAAUACAGGACUGUCAGGUUUGUGCUGGCACAGACAGCUCAGCAGCAAUAUGGGAAGAGCAGAUGCAUCUACUGCUUUGUUCUUGCACUUCUUGUCAAUAAACUUUUUAUACUGUGA